AUGAAUCCAAAGAACAUAGAGUUGACCAAAGAGUUGAUCAAGAAGACUUAUGUAGACCAGGCUUCACAAGCCAUCGCUCAGUUCAACUCUUUAGUGACCCAGAUAUUGUCACAGAGAAGACUUCCAGAGAAAGGAUGGGAUGAUAAGACGAUUGAAUGGUUCUUGGCUCAAUUGGCAAUGAUGGAUUCAAACAACUUUAUUGAGAAUGCUGGCGUUGGUGAGAGAGAAGGCCGACUCUACUCUGAUAUUGUGUCAAGACGUCACUUUGGCUUUGCACAUGGUAUUGGACGCAGUGGUGAUAUCAAUGAACAACAGCCCAAGGCUGCUGGCUCAUCACUCAUACAAAAGCUCACAACAUACUUUGUGUUGGAUGCCAUGUCCAUCGCGGGCAUUGAGAAGGUCGAUCAUUGUCUGGUGCUGCCUAUGGCCACGGGCAUGUCAAUCGCACUCUCAUUGAUGACGCUAAAGAACAACUUCUGUCCACCAACCGCCAAGUAUGUGUUGUGGCCACGUAUCGAUCAAAAGUCAUGUCUCAAAUCGAUUGCCACCAGUGGAUUGAUCCCUGUAGUAAUAGACAAUGUGUUGCAGGGCGAUGUGAUCACGACCAACCUGGCAUUGCUCGAAGAGACUAUUGUUAAGCUCGGUCCAGAGUCAAUCGUCUGUGUGAUGAGCACGACUAGUUGCUUCGCGCCACGCAUCCCCGACAAGAUCAUCGAGAUCAGUCAGAUGUGCAAACGAUUCAACAUUGGACAUGUGAUCAACAAUGCCUAUGGACUGCAGUGCACAAAGAUCACACAUCAGAUAUCUCAAUCAUGUAGAUUGGGUCGCGUUGACGCCAUCAUUCAGAGCACGGACAAGAACUUUAUGGUGCCAGUUGGUGGCGCCAUCGUGGCCAGUCCCAACGAGAAAUUAAUCGACACGUUGGCCAAGAACUAUCCGGGUCGUGCCAGUGGUGCGCCCAUCCUCGACAUGUUCAUCACUCUCCUAUCGAUGGGCAAGCAAGGUUACAAGGCAUUGCUCGAUGAAAGGAAGAGUCUAAUACCAUACUUCACCCAUGAGUUGGACAAGGUUGCUAAGGAGUUUGGAUACAGACUGUUGCACACUCCUGGCAACACAAUAUCCUUUGGUGUCACACUUCAAAAGGCACACUCGGACACUGACCCCGAACCAUCGGCUUCAUCAUCAGUAUCACCAUCACAAAGUGUUUCAAUGAUUGGAUCAAAGUUAUUCAUGCGAUCAUGUUCUGGCGCAAGAGUGAUUGAUUUGAAGGGUGGCAAGAAGACAGUGGCAGGCAUUGAGUUUGAAGCUUAUGGCUCACACAUUGACCAUUACCAUUCAAACUAUCUAACAGUGGCCUGUGCCAUUGGUAUCACCAAGGACGAUGUUGACACAUUCAUCAAGAGGCUAAAGAAAGUCCUUAUACAAUAA